GUGACGCAUUUCCUUCCCAAGAUGCGCCCCAUCAGUAGCUGAUUUUAAAAUUUGUCAGAAAUGUUGUUAUUGUUGUGCGGUUUUAAGAAUUGAGGAAACACCCAAGUAUUUGACUGUUAUCUGGCUCUGAAGCUGAUGCUGACCCAUGUCAGAAGUUGGAUUUUACUAUAGCAGAUAUGGAUCCUGAUUAUGAAAAGAGAUUAUUUAGGCAACAAAAUGGACAAUCACCAUAUGGAUCUCCCAUGCAAAGUCCUGUUGCUUCCCCAGUAAAAGAUAAAUAUGGGGACCGUUUUAUCCCAAGCAGAGCAGGUGCGAACUGGCACAUUUCAUUCAAUAUGCCACAGGACACAGGAAAGACACAGUCACCGGGACAGACCAGGAAAGCCAAGGAAGCAAAUGAUAAUCAAAAGGACAUGACGUAUAGUUGCUUGCUCAGAAACGAACUUUUGGGUGCUGGAAUAGAAGAUUUGAAGGUUAGCACUGUUUUCCAGGAACAGCAACCUGAUGAAAGGAAAAUACUUGCACCAAAAGAUACCAAAAAUUUAUUCCAAUAUCGAGUGUCUAGAAAAGAUGUAGAUAGCAGUGACUCCUCUCCAUAUUCCUUAUCUCCAGUGGGAACAAAAAGUCAAAAACUACUAAGAUCACCAAGAAAGACAGUAAGAAAAAUCUCAAAAAUUCCGUUCAAAGUUCUUGAUGCGCCUGAACUUCAAGAUGACUUUUACCUGAACCUGGUGGACUGGUCGUCCACUAAUAUCCUCAGUGUAGGGCUUGGGACAUGUGUAUACCUCUGGAGUGCAUGUACUAGUCAGGUGACCAGGCUGUGUGACUUAGCAGUAGAUCAAGAUUCAGUAACGUCUGUAGCUUGGUCAGAAAGGGGGAACUCUGUAGCCGUUGGUACACAUAAAGGUUUUGUGCAGAUCUGGGAUGUCUCUGCUAACAAAAAAAUUUCAACACUAGAAGGUCAUUCAGCAAGAGUAGGUGCUUUAGCAUGGAAUGCUGACAUGCUGUCUUCAGGAAGUCGGGACAGGCUUAUUUUACAACGAGACGUCAGGACACCUCCAAGUAUAACAGAAAGAAGAUUGGCAGGGCACAGGCAAGAGGUGUGUGGCCUAAAGUGGUCACCAGAUCACCAGCACUUGGCCUCGGGAGGCAACGACAAUAAACUGUUUGUGUGGAACAUGAACAGCACAUCCCCAGUACAGACUUACACUGAACAUCUGGCCGCAGUAAAGGCCAUAGCCUGGUCUCCACACCAGCACGGCCUGCUGGCCAGUGGCGGAGGGACGGCUGACAGGUGUAUCAGGUUCUGGAAUACUCUCACAGGACAGCCACUGCAGUGUGUGGACACGGGAUCACAAGUUUGUAACUUGGCGUGGUCCAAGCAUGCUAAUGAACUGGUCAGCACUCACGGUUAUUCUCAAAACCAGAUCUUAGUGUGGAAGUAUCCCUCUCUGGUGCAGAUAGCCAAGUUGACAGGACACACUUAUAGAGUGCUGUACUUGGCCAUCUCACCAGACGGAGAGGCUAUCGUCACUGGAGCAGGUGAUGAGACUCUACGGUUUUGGAAUGUAUUCAGCAAGACGCGGUCACCAAAGGAAUCCAAAUCUGAACUUAAUUUAUUUACCAAAAUUAGAUAAACUUAUGUAGAGCCAUACUAGACAAAAGAUAUUUAUUUUGGUGAUUCAAGUUGAAUGGCCAACCAUAAAACCUUUGUCAGACACAGUUUUAAAGAGGAUUGCUGUCUAAUAUCUUUUUUUACUUGAACAUAUUCUUAACUUUCAACCAGAAAAAAUGAAAAACGCGAAUUCUUUUACUUUUAGUUGAUCAUAGGUUUUCAGGUUCGUUUUGGCCAUUUUAAGAUCUGCACCAACUUUUACUUUCUGUUUUCAUGUUUGUUUCUUAACUUGAUUAGUGUUUCUGACCUAUAUCACAUACCGCCAUUGCUCAUGUCGUAGCAAUAAUUUGCGGAUUUAUCUUAAUGUUUAACGCGGCUUCCCAAUGUUGUGGCUGACUCAAGAAGUGCAAUGUGUAAAAUUUAGUUUUAGUAAAAUGGACUUUGUACAUAUAGAUCAUAGUGUGAAAUUUAUGCUGGUUGCAUAUAAGUCAGAUCUACGGUGCAUUAUGUUGCGUUUGAUAUGAUAAGUGUAUGCAUGUACAGUGCUAUGGUAUAGUAAAAACAAUAAAAUGUAUCAUAUUUAGGAAUAGUGUAAUAAUCUGGUUAUUAUUUAUGCAGUAUCAACAAAAUAAAUGAAGAAAUACAACUAUAAUUGAUGUAAGCUUGGAAUGUAGAACAAAACCUUUAUAGAGAGAAGCGCAAAGAAGAACAUCGAAUAAACCCUAACUUUGAAACA